AUGGCGAUUCAUUGUCAUGUUAUAAAGGAUGGUUUCCAGGAUUACUUGUUCGUGAAUCAUUCCCUGAUAUGCUUGUAUGGCAAGAGUGGAAAUGUAACUGAAGCGCAGACCUUGUUCCAGGAGAUUGGAAACAAGAACAUAGUAAGCUGGAACGCUUUGAUAACAUCUUAUGCUGAUGCUGGCUUAUGUGACGAAGCUUUCGAGAUUUUCUCGCAGAUGGAGAGGCCUGAUAUAGUUAGCUGGAGUGCUGUAAUAAGUGGCUUUGCCACGAAUCAGAGAGAAGAAGAGGCACUGAAUCUCUUCCGACGAAUGCAUAGUGCCGCCAACGUGACAGCAAAUGCUGUCAUGAUUUGCAGCGUUUUGUCAGCAUGUGCAGAGUUAUCAGCACUGAAUCUCGGGAAGGAAAUCCAUGGAUACAUGAUAAGAACAUUCCUGAGCAACGAGCUUCUUGUUUCAAACAGCUUGGUUGAUAUGUACAUGAAAUGUGGGAACCUGAAGGAAGGCCAUUUAGUGUUUGAGAGAACUGAGGGUAAAGAUGUGAUUUCAUGGAACUCCAUCAUCAAAGGAUUUGGGAUGCAUGGACUUGGCAUCGAAGCUCUACAGAUGUUUGAUCGUAUGAUCACUUCUGGCCAUCAGCCAGAUGGGAUAACCUUUGUUGCGAUUCUCUCAGCUUGUAGUCAUGCUGGACUUGUUGACCACGGUCGUUUGCUUUUUAAUAAUAUGGUUUCCAAGUAUGGAAUUGAACCAGGGAUGGAGCACUAUGCUUGCACAGUGGAUUUGUUGGGCCGGUCAGGUUUACUUGAAGAGGCAACCGAAGUUGUGAAGAAGAUGCCGAUGGAGCCUAAUCAUUGUGUGUUGGGUGCUCUGUUGAACUCAUGUAGAAUGCACAAGAACACGGCUUUUGCAGAGAAUGUUGUGUCUCGAAUGUCAAGUCUUGUAUCUGAGAGUUCUUGGAGCUGUACGUUGAUGAUGAAUAUAUAUGCAGGUAGUGGUAAGUGGGAGGAUUCUGCUAAGGAGAGAGCCUCUGCGAGGAGUAAAGGGUUGAAGAAAGCUGCUGGGCAGAGCUGGAUUGAGGUGAAAAAGAAGUUCCAUAAGUUCGUGGCAGGGGAUUGCUUAGAGGAGAAGAAUUCAGGGGAGAUCUUUAGGGUUCUUGGGAGACUGACGAAUCAGAUGGCGGAUAUCAGCGAUGACUAUGCCAUUUUUAUGAAGUUGAUGAUGCUGGGCUAA